UGAGUAACCCAAAGUAUUAUUGGCCAAACGCCACACUUGUCUAUCACAUCACAAAUGAAUUUUCUUCUGCCGAAAUCGAGAAAAUCAAGAAGGCCAUGUCAGAUAUAUCGAAGAGAACCUGUGUGACUUUUCGUGAAACCUUCCAUCCCACUGAACCCCAGGUGACUAUACAACGCAAGUACGAUUCAUGCGUAGCUCACGUGGGCUAUCAAAAUGGAACACAAAUUCUUAACCUGGCCGUGGACUGCAUGGCUUCGGGCAGGAUAAAACAUGAGCUGCUCCAUGCUCUUGGCUUUGUGCACAUGCAUUGUGACCCGAGGCGGGAUAACUAUGUGAAAAUCCUCGAAGAAAACAUCAUCGAAGGACAAGAGUACAAUUUUGAAAAGUACCCAGCCACUGAAAUCACAGAUUUGGGUCUGGAAUAUGAUUAUGGUAGUAUUAUGCACUAUAGCACAACAGAAUUCACAAAAAAUGGUUUACCGACUAUGAUUCCUCUGCAACCUGGCGUUAGAAUUGGACAGCUUGAUGGCUUAAGUCCUAAGGAUUUCCAGAAAAUAGCUCGAGUAUACUGCCAGAAAAAGAACAACAACAACAAUGCAAUUUAAAAUUUAUAUA